GCCCAAUCUUCCCCAGCGCACCCCAGCCCGCACCUCCAGGCCGCGCCCGGCCCAGCCCCAGCUCGGGAAUCCCCGCACAGUGCAGCGCGCCGGGCCAGAGCGCAGGGCGGAACUUGCGGGAAAGGAGCGCGGUGGCGGAAGGAGUUUGGGGCCGGACCGCCCCGCCCGAGAGCGACAGGUAACAGGAGCGAUGUAGGAGGAUUCCAGAGCUGAACAUCAGCAAGGCCAACUUUCCUAAUGGAAGAGGCUCCCCAAGGGACAUUCCAAGAUGAGCUGGAGUGGUGUAUUUUGCAGCUGGAAACAGGCCUCCUUCAUCUCAACCCAACCCCAAAACAAGCAGAGGAGACACGGCACGUCCUCAAAAUCCUGCGCUCCCGCAAGGCUGCCUUUGUGAAGAAGCGGCAGGUGAUGAACCACGUGUUUGGGGAUUACCGACUGAAGAUGGCUGAGGAGCAGAAGAGGACGGAGAAAGCAGCCAUGAAACCUGGGAAAGUGCAAAUACAGCAAGGGAAGGCGCCUGCUUCAGGGAGCAUGGUGUAUAGGAAGCGAUCUGGACAGACCUCUGAGACAGCAACAAACUGGUUCACACCAUCUGAUAAUAGCUUCCAAUUCAGCUUUGCACUUCCUGAGAUGGAUCCACAAGCAACCAAUGGAACUUUGGAAGAGGCCCAGGGGGUAGGUGGCUCUGAACAGAGGCCCAUCAGUGUAAGUUCACUCAAAUCUUCUAGUUCUGGGGAAGUGUUGAACUUUUCCACCACUGGACAAGAGCCCAAGUUUGCUUUCAAUUUUGUCAUCCCAGAUAAAGAUGGCCCCAUGAUGCCGUCUGUUGUUACAGGCCAAAGAGCGGAGAGUGUAGCAGAAAAUGUGACAUCACAUGGCUUAGCAUCUGCAGGACCAAUGAAGCAUUCAACCCUGUUGGAGGCUAAUAUGCCUGAGGUUGUGGGCUGUGUGGGUGGAGGAUUAGGGAGAGAGGCUCUCUUUUUUGAGACCCCAAAACCAGAGAUUGCUUCUGUAGAUGAGGUGAAGGCAGGGAAGACAGCAGCAGCUGGAGCGCCCAAGAAGAAGAAGAAGAAAAAGAAACCAUCAAAUAGUAAGAAGGAGAUGGCAGAAGCUGAGGUCAGCAAGAAGGUGAAGGUGGGAGCCAGUGGGUGUGAAGACACAGAUUUGUCCGUCCAGGACAAGACCAUGCAGCAGUCAGUUAAACAGCUGUGGAAGGAAGUGGAUUGGUGUGUGGAACAGCUGGAACUUGGCCUGAAGACACAAAAAUCCACUCCAAAACAGGCUGAAGAAGCUCUCCAUGCCAUCAAGACACUCCACAGUGACAAGGCUGUGCUGGCAAAGAAGUGUCAGGUCAUGCGAGCCAUGUUUGGAGAUUACAAGAAGAAGAUGGAGGAGGAGAGACAGAAACAACUGAAGCUCAUGCAGGCAGCUGCGAAGUCUGCUCAGGUCGUGGAGGUGAGGGAGAAUGCCCGCAGAAAGAGCAGCCAGGUCUUCAGGAAGCGUUCAGAGGCGUCCAGGAAAAGCCCAAGUUCUGCAGGAUCCCCUUUUCAUCCUCCCAGCCAUUCUGAGUCACCACAGGUGUCUGGCACAAACUUGUUCAUGUUCCCAACUUCCCAAGAGGAAUUCCGCUUUAACUUUUUUUAGGAAAGUCCGUUGAACAUUUAUUGUUUUUGUUUCAUGGCUGAAAAUGUUGCCAAAACCUGUAUAAUCUUAGGGGGUGGAAGGAUGCUGAGCAGGGAAAAAGGAUCAUGUUGUGGGAAACAUGCAUAGGUUCAUAGUGAAAAGAGACUAAGUGCCUUAGAUCAAGUGUAUGUAACAGCUCUACCUAUAAUGCAUACAACUCCACAGACUCAGUCUGUGGGCUGGCUCCUUUCCUCAUACACACCUUUAGGAGGUGCCUUUGCAAAUGAUCAGUAUGGAAUGAGUUGGACUUUGCAUUUCUUUUAUCUUCAUGGCAAUUCCAUGGGAUAAUCUUUUUGUAAAGGGGAGAUUCCCCCCCCCCACCUUUUUUUUAAAUAGCACAAACCAGUUAUGAUGGUUUCACAGGUCCUGGUCAGUAUUGGUAUCCCCAUCCUCUGCAGUGUGCAAAGAUUCAGCAUCACUCAGAGACAGAGAGAGAGUGUGUGAAUCACAGGCUACUGGCCAUUCAGAGUGUAGUCUGAGAGGAGAAUUCUAUGAUGACGGUCUACAGAUUAACUUAAACCAACAAAGUGGUAUAGGGACAGCACCAACUACCACCAGACAAGAAAGGAUUUUAGUUUGAGCCGCAGUCCCUUGCUCUCUGGGCCAGUUGGUGGGAGCUCUGUGAAGGAAGCACAGUCAAUCUUGGAAAAAGAAGCUUUGCUCUUGAGCAGCCAACUAAUGAACAGUAAUGACUGACCAUACCUAGCUUUCUUUCACCAGAAGGGUGAGUCAGCUCCAUGCCAAGCCUUGGGUGGAGGUGAAAUAAAGUGGGAGAGCCCAGCAGAGGACUUACUGAAAUAAAAAUAUUUAUAUGAUCAAUAUCCAAUCAGUGAAUAUUUUUAUUUUUUGGACAAUUAAAUGAGUCUGUUUCCAAAGUCUUGAUGAUACUUCAGUUAAUGUGCCUAUGUGUAUGCUAUGCUGUGUGCAUGCAGAGCAUCCUCCCUAGUGAGGGAGUUUGAAAAUCUGAAGGAACAGGCCAUGUUUUAAAUGGAGACCUGACAUCACUUGUCCCUGAAGAGCUCCGCUUGAAUCUUCUUUUCCUCCCUUUUUGUGGCCCAGUAAAUCGUCAGAACAACCGGCUGUACAAGCAGAUUCUUGAAUGUACUGAGAGCAAGAAUAUUUGCUGGAGAGGACUUCAAAAAACUGUUGCUGAACAUAACAAGGAACUUAUUUCAUCCUUGACUCAGGUAUAAUAAAUUGCCUCCUGGGGUGUGCAUAUAUUUUUAAAAUUUUUUUAAAUAUAUAUAUAUUUAUGGCUGCACCCCUGAGGAACAUCUAGAGCUUGGAAACAAAUUUGAUAAGGAGAAGAUAUAUGGUCAGAAAAGGGAUAAGUAAAGAUGAAGAGAAGGGUGAUAGCUUAGCACUUUGAAGGCAAUUCUUCUGUUGUAUGCGAAGUGCAGCUCUCAUGCUGGCUGUAUGGAACAGAGUAACAAAGUAGGAUUGAAACUCCUUGUGGGUAUAAAAAGUUUUUGUAUUAAACAUGAAAAAGCUAUGUCACUCCCAAAGUUCUAGCAUUUUGAUGCAGUUUACAAAGACACUGCAAUAAUUUUUUUCCAUUGCUGUAGAAUUAUGACAGUCUUUUAUCCUCACUAGUUUUGUGGUCUCCAUUAGGCAAAUUUUGUCUUUUUUGUCUUGCUUCCAAAGAAGCUGGAAUUAAUAUAGCAGUUUACCAUAAAAUCCUGUUAUCUCCAAAGGUGGCAGGGGACAUGAAAACUUCUUCCAAAACUUGGGAGAGCUAUUCUGUGGGCUUUUACAGGUCUGUGCUUUGGACCUGUAUAAAGCUGGUCUAUAAAGCCAUAUUCCCAUAUUCAUUUCCUUGUGCUGCAGCAUGGGAGGAUCUAGAAUGCAGCUGUUCAGUAAAGGGGUACAUUACAGUCCCAGGCAACGAUACCUUACCUUUGUAAGUUGGAAAGUUGACUGAUCACAAGAAUGGGAAUAGGCUGUGUUCAGUUGAUGGCUCUUCCACAGACGCACUGUGUCCCUGAGCAAGUCAUUCCAACUGUAAAAUGGGGAUACUGCUUGCCUAUUUCAAAGACUUGUUGAAAGUUAGUUAAUAAAUAAUCGCUGUAUAAGAAGCGAGCUUACAGCAGUUUUUAACUCCACCGUUGUUGCUUUCUCAUGCUUGAAACAUCUCUGGACCAUUAUCAGUUGUUAAUGUAUCUCUUGACUGUUUUUGGUUGAAACCGCACAAACCAGAUGCUGUGGGUUCCACAAAAAUGUUGUUUCAUAGCAAAGACACAGUGGCUUUUAAUUUAAAAUUUUGUUAUCUAUUUGGAAUUUGGGGGACUUUCCUUGUCACCGUUUGUAAAAAUAUGGGGCCUAGAUUAUGUGACUAUCCCUGUAAAUUAUGAGCAUCUCUUGGAUACCUUCCACCCUUUGCAUUUAUAUAUGAUUCUUUGUAGCCUUGCAUUGCUGGGCCUUUUGUGGCCACAUCUGUAGGCUUGCUUGUGCAGUUGGCUUGGCGUGGUAGGGAUCAUGGACAUCUCACAAAGGAGUUGCUUUUGUACUUGGCUGAGUGUUAAUGAAAGUCUUGUAGCACAGGCUGACUAGAUAGUCUGGUUUUAUAGUGCUGGCCGAGUUACACUGAAAGUAGGCGUUUGUUCUGGUUUUCUUAUAACGAUCUAACCAGCCUUCUGCUGUAACACCCCAACCAUUUCCUUACUGGGGAACUUUCAGCUCGUACUGCCUGUGUUGCUUCCUGGUGUGUAGGCUGCCUCUACAAGUGAAUUGUGCAAAAUUGAGGUGCUCCAACUCCUAAAGCAUUGUUCCAGUGAAAUUUAGUCUGCGGAUGGGCAGUCACAUACUGCAGCAUAGCACUGAAGUGUCUGGGCCCUAAGAAUUAUCAUUCAGGUGAGGAAGAGAGUGGGUUGUGGAAGCAAGAAGGCUGGAAGGUCGGGGGGGUGGGGGGGUCGGUUGCUUGUCAACCCCUUUUCCUGUGGGAAUCAAGUAUGGCAAUCAGAGUGCGGUGGGUCCCUCCUUAUGAUACGGCAGUCAGAUGGAGGAAAGUUGCAUUUUGAAGUCUUUGUGCACCUCUGAUUUGGUGUUAGCAAUUUCUAAAAGAAAAUUCUAUGGAUUAUUUUAUGAUAAUUUAAUUUUUACUUUUCAAAACUCUUACCAGGCAAUAAUGAUCCAACUGCUCACCAAGCUGGAUUGUUUGAAAGAAAUGUCAUUAAUUAAUGGAAUGGAUUCAUUUAUACUGCUAAUUGCUGUUGGACUGCCUAGAGAGUGGAUUAACCCGAGCUGUAUAUUUUUACUUGAGGCAAUUGUUUUGAAUGAGUGCUGCUAACUCCUCUUAUAAUGAUGCAUCUUAUAGUUGUGGGAAAGUGAGGGUGUUGAAGAGGGUGGAGAAUUAAAAUCCAGUAGUACCCACUGAUGAAUAUGCACUGUGACCCACUGGAGAGUGAGGGUUUCCUGUUAGAGCCCAAAGUGGCAUUGUGCAAAUGUAAGGCCCUGAUUCACCAAAGUACUUUCAGCAUGUGAGUGGUCCCUAUUCACAUAGCUGUCAAGCACAUGCUAAAGUGAUUUGCCGAAUUGGGGACUUUAUUUCCUUUGAAUAGAUCAAAGGGACAGAUGAUAGACUAGAAAAAGUUGAGGCUGAUCUUCAUUAUAGGCAGAGCUGAUAGCACUGCCUGCAGUUAAGAUUGUCUGCCACUUUCCAUUAUAAGAUGUGUUUUUGGUUGCUCAUAACAAAGCCUACAAUUUUGAGCCAGAGAUCACAGAAGUCAGGGAAUCUGACUUCCAAAGACUUCCGUAACUUCAGCCCCAGGGGCUGGGAGCUGCAGGGUCCUGUCGCCUCCUCAGCGGCAGGGAGCUCCCGGCCACUGUGGGCAGGAGGGGUACCCUGAAGUUCCCAGCUGCUACAGGUGACAUGGGGACCCUGCAGCUCCUCGGCCACCGUGGCAGCAGGGGGAUUCCUGCAGCUCCCCGCCAGCUGCAGCAGGACAGGGGGAUCGGCAGGGCAGGUGGACCCCAAGAGCUCCCUGGCCACCCCAGCGGGGCAGAGGGACCCCCAGAGCUCCCUGGCCCCCAUCAUGGGGGGGGGAGGCAGGGGGAUCCCUGCAGCUCCCCGCCACUGUGGAGACAGGGAAACCCUGGAGCUCUGAGCCCCUGGGCCCCGCAGCUGCCUAGCCCCUUCCCAUUUUAUCAUGGAUAUUUUUAGUAAAAGUCAGGGACAGGUCACGGGCUUCUGUGAAUUUUUCUUUAUUGCCCGUGACCUGUCCUUGACUUUUACUAAAAAUACCCCGACAAAAACUUAGCCUUACUCAUAACGUUGCCAAAUUUCCAGCUAUUUGAGCAGAAAUUUUCCAUGCCAGCUGUUUGCCUCAGGCUGCAAUUUUUUUUUAUUUUAAUUUAAUUUUUUUUAAAUUUUAGUUAAAAGUGAGUGGCCAUUUCUAAGAAUGAGGUUGGGGAAAAUACGCCAUUUGCUUGUGCUGGAAAAAAGAAAAUCUUACAUCCAUUUCAUUGAGACGCUCUAGUGUUCCCAUGUUGUGGAGCGGGGACUUGAAAUUUCAUUGGGAAUGGGGCAGGAGCUUGGCCCUUGUAUCAGGAACGUGUGUUUUGACAUCCCUGUGAAUAUCUGACUAAAUUUGGCCAAGUUAUAAACCUUUGAUAAAUCUCCGUUUGCUCAGACUCAGUGGACACUUGUUAGAGUUUAAUAGCUAAAUCUGAGGUUUUUCUUUGAGUGCUUGCUCAUGUCGAUUCCAAUAUAGGGGUGCAUGUGUUGCGUGCACCAUCCCCAGAAAUUUUUCCUGCUGGUGGUUUCUGUCGGGUCAAUUCUGGUACAUAGGCACCUGCCAACCUGCUGCCUCCUCAGUUCCUUCUUUCUGACUGUGACAGUUGCUGGAACGCUCUUGUUCUCUUGCGCUGCAAGCAAAUACUCAUCGCCAGUGCCGAACAAAAGGACAAAGAAGUUGGACCGGGGACGAUCCUCUUUGGGAAAAGUGACAGACAAAGUGAGACCUGUGCCAGGCUACUCUCUCACACUGGCGACGACCAGCCUGCACCAUUGAUUCUGACCCCGGGAAGGGACCCAUCGAGUCCAGUGCGCAUGGAUUCCCCACCUAGGGUGAGCCAGAAAGAUGACUUAGCCCUGGCCAUGCCAACUACGCCAGAGGCAUAUGAGCCAGCAAAAGGCUUUCAGUCCCUUCCAGCACUUUCUCUGAGACGAGGCCAAUCGGAGGUAGGCCUGGUACCGCAGGAAUUGUCCCAUGGAUGCAAGUACCCAUCUUGGGCAAGCCUUCAAUGAUGGUGAAACACUGCCUCGUAUCUCACUCAUCCUCUAGAGACUCCACUCCUGGCCGAUCACAGUCCUGGCACUGCUCGCAAUCACAGCACCGAUUGGAAUCCCGACAACAGUCAUGACCCUGGCACCAUCCCACAUUGAAGCACCAGUCACAUUCCUGGACCAAAUCUUCAUCAAGGCACCACUCCUCAGUCGUGAUACCACCACACGGCACGGGUGGGUAAGGCACCUCCGUGGUCACCCAGAAGUGGGUCCUCAAGCUCAAAGUCGAUGGCAAGGUCAUAUACCUUGCAACGGAGCAGACAUCUAGCAAGACCUUGGGCAUCCUGUACCGGUGACCCAGGGGUUGACCCAGCCAACAUGGCCACCUGUGCAGUGGCAGAGGCCACUACAGUGGCCAAUGUGGACUCCAUGAGCAGCACGAUCCUACCGAGCCUUCCACAUUGAUCGGUCCCACUCGGCACCCUGGAAGGCAAGGGCACCUCAACCUUCCCCUUCGAAGAGGGGUUCAGUUCCGGGCGCAGAAGUGGAUGAGACCCAGGAUACCCCCGUGGGGGAGUGACCAGCAAUGAAAGACAUGAAGGCCCAGAUGACAGUACAAGCCUCCUCCUCAUCUUCCCCUGAUGAGGCAGUCAAUAGCACCCACACAAGAUGAUUACAAGGCCCAUCAGGAGCUCUUGUGUCGGGUGGCCCAAAUCCUGAAUGUGCCAGGGCUGACUCCUCUAUCUCUUCUGCUUGUAGACAUACUGGCACACUCGGGUCCAGCCAGAGUGGCCCUACCUUUAAACGAGGUCAUUCUCUAGCCCAUCAAGGCUUUGCAGGUGGAACGGAAGAAAGGGAAAGCUCAGUGGUUUGGGCAUUGGCCUGCGAAACCCAGGGUUGUGAGUUUAAUCCUUGAGGGGGCCAUUUAGGGAUCUGGGGCAAAAAUUGGGGCUUGGCCCUGCUUUUUAGGGGGGAGGGAUAGCUCAGUGGUUUGAGCAUUGGCCUGCUAAACCCAGGGUUGUGAGUUCAAACCUUGAGGGGGUCAUUUAGGGAUCUGGGGCAAAAAUUGGGGAUUGGUCCUGCUUUGAGCAGGGGGUUGGACUAGAUGACCUCCUGAGGUCCCUUCCAACCCUGAUAUUCUAUGAGUACCUUUAUACCCAUCCCCCAUUGUGUUCCCUAGUUGUGGCUGCUGCCAAUGAGUGGGGGAGAGAGGGACAACAAGGACCCUCACCUAAGGCAAAGGAGGCCAGGAAACUGGACCUGUUGGGGAGAAAAACCUGCUCUAUGCAGAGCCUCCAACUGAGGAGGCCCUCCUAAGUUGCUUACCAUUUUAAUUCAUGGUCUGCCAUGUUAAAGUUCAGGGAACUCUCAUAAACAGAGUCCAGAUCAGAGUUUGCAGCUUUGGUGGAGGACGGUAAGGCUGUAUCCAAGGCAUCCCUCCAGGCGGCUUUUGGGCCAUGGCCACAGCCGUCAUGAUGAGGUGGAGCUCUUGGCUCCAGUCCUCUGGACUCCCUCAUGAGGUCCAGGAAACAAUUUAGGACUUGCUGUUUGAGGGAGCUUCUCUCUUUUCAGACUAGACAGACGCCCGCCUAAAUAGUCUGAAGGAUUCCAGGGCCACUCUGAAGUCGUUAGGACUUCACAUGCUGGCCCCGGUUCGUAAACAUUAUGAGCCGAUUCCACCAGCCUCAACAGCAGAGGCAGGACUUCAGUCAGCAGAGAAACAAGGGCUUUAGGAGGAGACAUACACCUUACCCCCCUUCAACAUCCAUGUCUGCACCUGCAAAACAACCUGCAGGGUCUAAGCAGUCCUUAUGAGGGCGCGCCUGAGGACAAUGCAGAGACGUGGUGGAAGGGCACGUGAACCUCAUACAAUCCACUUUCAGGAACGUGGGGCUGCUGAUAAACAAGCACAAGUCGACUUUCUCUCCUAUACAAAGGAGUUCAUAGAAGCAGUUCUCGACUCGAACCAGGCCAGAGCCUCCUUGCCAAAGAACCACUUCCAAGCCUUCAAAGAGAUCAUAAACGGCCCGAGGUCCUUUUCCCAUCACCAUGGCACGAAGAUGCUUGAGGUUCCUGGGAUAUAUGACCUCCUAUACCUACGCGGUGCAACAUGCACAGCUCAGACUGUGGCCUCUUCAAGCAUGGCUGGCAUUGAUAUGUAUACCAGGCUGUCACCUGUUGGACAAGGUGGUCACUCUUCCCCGAGCAGUAACGCUCACUCUUCAGUGGUGGCUGGACCAGGACACAGUGAGUGCCAGAGUCCCCUUCACAAUGCCCACCCCUUCAAUGAUUCUGGUAACUGAUGCCUUGGACAUGGGAUGGGGAGCUCACUCCUCAGGACGCCAGAGGAAUUAGCCUUACAAAUCAAUGUCUGGGAGCUAAAAGUGGUGAGCCUAGCCUGUCAGGUGUUCUGUCACAACCUACAUGGCAAAUGCAUGUCAGUCCUCAGAUAACCGACCAUGAUGUUUUAUAUAAACAAACAAAGGGGGGCUCGCUCCUCUCCCCUGUGCCAGGAAGGCUGGUUCUAUGGGGAUACUGCAUUGCUCACCCCAUUCACCUGGAAGCCUCCUAUCUACCAGGUGCUCAGAACGGGGUGGCGGACCACCUGAGCAGAUUCUUCACCAAUCAUCACGAGUGGUCAAUCCAACCAGACAUCUUGAAUGCAGUUUUCCAGAAAUGGGGGUCUCCCUAGGUGGAGCUGUUUGCGACCAGGUUCAAUAGGAAAUGUCCCCAGUUUUGCCUGUACCUAGGAAGCAGCCUGAGCUCACUCUCAGGUGCCUUUCUCCUUCCCUGGGGAGGGAGGUUUCUCUACACCUUCACCCCCCACCCCCCCACUCAUCCACAGGGUCUUGCUUAAGGUAAGGAGGGACGAGGUGCACAUAAUCCUUAUAACACCAGCAUGGCUGUGCCUGCAUUGUUUCACAACCUUGCUGGCCCACUCGAUAGACGCGCCAGUCAGCCUUCUGGUGCUGCCAGACUUGAACUCCCAGGAGCACAGACAUAUGCUCCACCCCAACCUCAAGUCCCUACACUUGACAGCCCAGAAGCACCAUGGCUGAAUGAGGCAGAACAGAGUUUCUCAGCAUUGGUGCGUGCUUUUCUUAUGGAUAGCAGAAAGCCGUCAAUUAGAAUGGCCUAUUUGGCUAAGUGGAAGCGGUUUACGCUGUGAUCACUGUGGAGAAAGAUCCUACCUUUGGAGGCCCCACUGCCCGUUGUCCUGGAUUACUUGCUCUACUUGAAAAAGGAAGGUCUUGCGGUAUCAUCCAUCAGGAUUCACUUUGCUGCAAUCUCAGCAUUCCACCCAGUGGCGAAUGGCCGGUCGGUAUUUUCAAACCCGAUCUGCGCCCAAUUCUUGAAGGGAUUAGAGUGUUUGUAUCUACAAGUGCACCAACGUUUGCCUCCUUGGGACCUCAGCCGGGUAGUGUCAAGACUGAUGGGACCACCGUUCAAGCCAGUGGCAACAUGCCCCUUGCUCUACUUAUCCAGGAAGACUGUCUUUCUAGUAGCCAUUACUUAGGCCAGAAGAGUCUCAGAAAUCCAGGCCCUCCCCUCUGAACCACUGUAUAUAUUUAAGGUCUGACUUUGACCACAUCCGUCCUUUCUCCUGAAAGUGGUCUCACAUUUUCACAGUAGCCAGGACAUUUUUCUUCCAGUCUUCUAUCCCAAGCCUCAUGCUAAUAGGCAAGAGCAGGGGCUGCUACACUCUCUGGACGUUAGAGGUGCAUUGGCCUUUUACAUAGAAAGGACCAAGCCGUUCUGAAAGACAACUCCAGCUUUUCAUCGCUAUCGCAGACAGGAUGAAGGGGAACCCUGUCUCAGUACAGAGAAUCUCCUCUUGGAUCACAUCUGCAUCCGCAUGUGCUAUGACCUAGCUAAAGUGUCACCUCCACACUUGACAGCCUUUAAUAAAAUUUACUUUUUUUAAGGCCAGGAUUGGAUUUUUGGUGUCCUCCACACUACAUAAGAUCUCAAGCCUCUUCAGCAGCAUUCGUGGCUCAAAUCCCAAUCCUGGUUAUCUGCCAGGUUGCAACCUGGUCUUCCAUACACCGAUUCACCUCACGCUAUGCCAUGACUCAACAGUCCAGAAAUUAUGCAGCUUUUGGCACAGCAGUCCUCUGGUCUGUGUCGCAGCGAAACUCUGAUCUUAUCACCUAACUGAUUGCUUGGGAAUCAACUACAUUGGAAUAGACAUGAGUAAGCACUCAAAGAAAAAAAGACGGUUACUAACCUUUCCUAACUGUUGUUCUUCGAGAUGUGUUGCUCAUGUCCAUUCCACAACCAACCCAUCUGCACCUUUGUUGGAGUUGCUGGCAAGAAGAAACUGAGGAGGCGGCGAGUCGGCAGGUGCCUAUAUACUACGCCAUGAAGGUGCCACUCCAGGAGGCACCAGAGUCGAUCCAACAGAUACCAAUAGGGGAAAAACUUCCGGCAAUGGUGCAUGCGGCAUUGGAAUGGACAUGACCAACACAUCUCAAAGAACAACAGUUUUAUGGAAAGGUUAGAAACCAUCAAUAACAGACCUAAAAGUGUCAAUUCUUCAACAACAAAAACUUCAAAAACAGACUCCAACGUGAAACCGCAGAACUGGAAUUAAUUUGUAGAUUGGACACCAUCACAUUAGGCCUGAAUAAAGACUGGGAGUGGUUGGGUCAUUACAAAACCUAAACCUAAUUUCCCCCUACUGUUACUCAACCUUCUUGUCAACUGUUUUGUAGUGGUAAUGAGAGUGGCCCAUUUCAAAGUUAUUUUUCCUCUCUUGGUAUCCUACUGUUAAUUGAAUUGUCUCGUUAGACUGACCUCACACUUGGUAAGGCAACUCCCAUCUUUUCAUGUAUUUAUAUCUGCUUCUGUCUUUUCCACUCCAUGUAUCUGAUGAAGUGGGUUCUAGCCCAUGAAAGCUUAUGCCCAAAUAAAUUUGUUAGUGUCUAAGGUG